AUGAAGGACACCAUUCCAAAAAUACACCACAACUACGAUAGUCUCAACCUAACAACAGGUAUUGGAUUUUCACAGAUACCGGAGCAAGUAAGACAACAGUCCAUCAGGGAUGGCUUCUAUUUCAAUCUUCUUGUGGUUUCAAGAAGAGGACUAGGUGCAUCAACACUCAUCAACUCGCUCUUCUCAGCACCGCUAGUGAAGAAAGAAAGAACAGACUCUAUCAACACAACGGUCAACGAGAUAGUAGAGAAUGGCAUUAGACUUACAAUAUCCGUCACCACCUACCAUGGAGAGGAUAUAAACAAGGUAAUUAAAUACAUCAAUACAGCCAAUGAGGAGCACUUUGAAAUGGAGCAAGGGCUGAGUGUUAGCUUUCCCGACAAAAGGAUGCAUUGCUGCCUGUACCUUGUACCGGGAGAUAAAAUGUCCGACUAUGAAAUUGAGGGACUGAAGGAGCUCGGCUCUAAGAUUAACAUAAUACCUGUAAUAACCAAAGCUGAUAUGUUCACCGAUGAGGAACUCAAAGACCAUAGGGAAAAGAUCAACAGACUAUUCAGGAACAUACAGUUCUACGACUAUGAAGAAAACGACAGCACCCAGUUCCCGCUGGCAGUGAUAGCCUCCGAGAAUGUUUAUGAAGAGGAUGGCAGUAGCGUAAGGGGAAGAAGAUAUGCCUGGGGAUUUAUUGACAUUGAAAAUGAAAAGUAUAGUGAUUUUAAAAAGCUACAAAGAACUCUCAUUUGUGAAAAAUUUAUUGACCUGAUCUAUAAAACGGAUGCAGUAUUUUAUAACCAAGCCAGAAAGGCGCUAAUAAGGAACGAAAGUCUAAAUAAUUCAAGAACAAGGCUCGCAAAGAUUCUAAACCAGAUGGAGGCAGCAAUAGACGAGAAGUAUGCACAGAAGAUUCAGGCGCUGGAGAGUGAGGAUGGGCUUCAAGGGUUUAGUGAUAUAUUGAGUUUGAAGGCUACGGAAACGCCAGCUAUUUCUGAGUAA